UUCCUUCUUUCUUUCGUUUAUUCCAGUUUUAUUAUUUUUAUUUGAAAGCAGCGAUUGAACAGAAGAAUGUUCACUCCCAAACAAUCGAACGGGAGGCCCGAGAUCACGUCGCCCCAGAGUGUCGGGACUCCCCAAACCCCGCGAGUCAAUGACGAUGCGGCCGAACGCCGCCGGCGCCGCAAGUCAGCCAUUGAGCGGCGCCGGUCUAACCUUGUAACGCCGCACCGACUGACAACAAAGAGCCCGCAGCUUACGUCCCCCGGGCCCUUUGCCGUGCAGCUCCCGCGUCUGUCACCCGAAGAGCUGAACCAGCGGUACGAGGAGUGGAUGAAGAUUGCGGCGGACAAUAAGAUUAACGCGAACAACACGUGGGAUUUUGCACUUAUCGACUACUUCUACGACAUGAGCCUGCUGCGCGACGGUGACUCGAUCAACUUCCAGAAGGCGUCGUGCACGCUCGAUGGGUGUGUGAAGAUCUACUCGUCGCGUGUGGACUCGGUGGCCUCGGAGACUGGUCGGCUGCUCAGUGGGCUGGCUGACGCACCCGGGAAGCGCUCGGGUCGCCGAGAUGAGGGCAAUGAAGACGGUGAGGACGGCGACGAGGAGGAGUCGUCAGGCAAGCAAAAGUCUCGUCGCGCAGCACGGUCUUCCAAAACACUUGCCAAGGACUUUGCCAGUAUCAGUUUCUCCGUCGAUCCACUGUUCAAGAAGACGUCGGCUGAUUUUGACGAGGGCGGCGCGCGUGGCCUGCUGUUGAAUCACUUGGCGUUCGACGCCGAUGGCAAGAUUGUCUUUGACGCCAGUGACUCCAAGACCCUGGCCGAGAACGAUGACGAGGCGAUGGAAGACGUCAUGGACGAGCUUGAAGGGGACGCCGAGGACGGAGUGCCCAAGCGCGCUCGUCGCGUGGCAGCGCCGGUGGGCAGCAGCAGCAGGCACAAGGCGUCGCUGAUCGACAUUUCCAGCAUGGACGAUGUGUUUGACAACAUCAUGCUGCAUUUGGACGAGGCCGAGAUCUGCCCGUCGCUGGCCGACUUUGAGUUUACGCGCGACACACAUGGCUGCGACGACCACCACCAUGGCGGAUUUGGUGACGAUGGCGACGACAUGGGCCACUUCCUGAACUUUGAUGAGACUGACUCGGGGCCCAUGCCGCUGGAGACCGCGUCUACGCUGCAGAUGGCCGAGCUCAGGGAAACCGAGGAACUGCACCAGCAGAAGCAGGGCGAUCUGCAGGCAAUUCUGCAUGAGGCGGGGCAGCUCGCGCUGGCAGUCGCCGAUGACGAGGACAACCUGCUGUCGUAUUUUGACUCCAAGCUGUCCAAGAGCUGGGCCGGGCCCGAACACUGGCGUCUGCCGAUCUCGCGCGCGGCUAUGCACAAGCAGAUGCACCCGCAGCAUGUCGCCGGCAAGGACGGCGAGCUAGACAGGGCCGAGGAUGCAGAGGCCAGCAAGCGCAAGAGGGUCGAGAAGCAGGCGUAUUUUACGGACUUUAUGAACAGUUCUGAUGUCAGCGCUGAGAUGCUGUUUGUUAAGCCUGCCAGGGCCUCGGCGGCGAUGAAUCAGGAGCACACGCUCCCGGAGGACGUGCACUUUACGUCGAAGAACCUGUUCAACCUGAUACUCAAGCCCAGACUCAAGUUCAACCCCCGGCGCAUGCGCGCUAUGGCGGCCAUUGCUGCAGCCAGCAGUGCUGGUAGUGGCUACGCAGAAGGCACCCAAGGCAGCGGUGGCGACAGCUAUGGUGGCUUUGUCGUGGACGGGGACGACAGCGGCAAUAUAUUUGGCGCAAUGAACGACGACGGGCCGCUCGGAGGCAUGGAUGACGGGCACGUCGGGUUUGACGAUGUCGAUGACUAUGACGACGAUGUUCUGCCGCUCCAAGAGUCUGUGGGCAGCGCGGACAACAAGCCCGAUAUUCCACUGCUCAAGCUGAUCAAGCCCCUGUACGUCAACUACGCGCGGCGGGCCAAGCGGGUCAACGUCAAGAAGCUCAAGGACAAUAUCUGGCGCGAGAUGGCGGCCGGCGAUCGACGCAAGUCCAUGGCUGCGGAUGACGCGGCCAUGCUUCUGAGUGAUGGCGAUGAGGUCAAGCUGGAGAGCGACCAGCGGUUCAGCGAGAUUGUUAGCAACCUAAAGAACGUUUAUCCGCGUGAGAAGCUCGAAGAGCUGUCCAUCUCGUAUUGCUUCAUCUGCCUGCUGCAUCUGGCCAAUGAGCGCAAUCUGCGCAUUGUCGGCGACUCUUCGCUGCGCGAUCUCGUCAUUACCCAAGACCACUUUGAUUGAGAUUGCCACUGCAGACUGAGUGAUGGAAUCUUGUGGUCCCCGGAGCGCGCAUGUCGGUUUCCUUAUUUGGAUAUUUCUAAUUUUAAAUUUUAUUUUCAUUUUCAUUUUUUGAGUCUAUAUUUGGGGAGGUGUUUUUCCGCUCCUCUUUCACACUGGCCUUUUUUAUUCUUUGUUUCUGUUGUUGGAAUAAUUCAUUUAGCUGAAUUGUGAGGUUAUCCAUUUCG